CUGUGCUCUUCCAGCACCACUAAUCCAGAAUCUGGUUUCCAGCAUCUGCAGUCAUUGUUUUUACCUAACUAACCCUCUUCCACCAGGACCUUUUAACAGAGCAUUAUAUCAUUGCUGUUUGUGAAAUCUGUCCUUGGCAAGUUCAGAUCCACCGUCUCCGGUCGUUUUGAAUAGAAUUGGGGUGGUUACGAAACCGCCUUGAUGGACUUUCUGAUAGGCUAUUUGCGCCGUCAAUCACCCCAUUCCAGCCAAUGGAGCUGACGCCCUUCCGACCCAUUCAUGAAAAAAGUAGCAAACCGUAGCGGCCAAUGAGAAUCAGCCAAUGGGAUGUUGACGUCGACCUUCGUCAUAAUAGGGUGCGGGUUUGAGGGCGGGGCCAGUGGGAAGCGGGGCACGGACCCGGAAGCAGCAUGGUGGUGAGACACGUGGAGGACGCCAAGCAGUUCCAGAACCUGUUGAGCCAGACCGAGCAGCUAGUGGUUGUUAUGUACUCGGCUGAGUGGUGCAGCAACUGCCGCAUGAUCCGACCGCACUUCUACAACCUCUCGGAGCAGUUGACCAAUGUCGUCUUCGUGGAGGUGGAUGUCGACGACGCAGAGCCUCUGGCUCGGUCCGCCGGCAUCACGUGCAUGCCGACCUUCCACUUCUUCCGGCGCUCGGCCAGAAUGGGAGAAUUUUCGGGGACCAAGAGGGAGAAGUUGGAGCGCCUAUUGGACGAGCUGCAGUGAGCGGCCUGUUAUAAGUUAAAAAAUAGACAGGGAAACACAAAAGCCAAAAAAAUUAACUGGAGUUUGAAUUCUCUGGAUAAAUAAAAGUGCAGCUAAAAAUAUAUAAUCAGAGAAAGUAAGGGAGGCAGUUUUCAAAAUUCAUUUUUGAGAUGUACCUAUCAUCACCUCCAAACUGUGAUUACGGUGGAUUUUGAUGGCCAUUUCAGGCAGCAGUUAAGAGUCAAUCACAACGGUUACGAGCACCAAAUGGGAUUUUCGAAAGUUUGUGGGGUGUACAGAGAAACUGGCACGUUAUUUUGGAUCAGGGCUGGUUUACAAUGGAGCUUGCAGUAUAUGUUUUAAAAGAGCUAACAUUUCUAUCGCAUCUUUCACAUUUUCAGGAUGUGCACUUGCACCAUAACAGCUGCAGCUGAAUAGUAGUAUUGCCACUCCUUUAUGUCAGACCCCAUUCUAUAGAAAAUCCAGGAAAAUAACUGCACUUACAGCACAGAGUGAUGCACCGUCAGAGGUUCCAACUUCCGGGUUAAGAACGAAACCAAGAUGUGGGCUCCCCUCUUGGCUAGAUGAUAGAAAGAUGCCAUUGCACUAUUUUGAAGAAAAGUAGGAACGAUUUUUUCACGUGUCCUGGCUGUUAGUUAUCCCUAUACCAAUAAAAGAGAUUCUCUGGUUAUUAUCACACUGCUGUUGCGUGGGAGCUUGAUGUGUGUAAAUUGGCUGCUAUGCUUGUGAAGGGUGCUAUAUGAAUAUAAGUUUUUUUCAGUCAACUAAUUUCAUUUUUGAAGGAUAUUUGAGAUUUGCUGCUUAACGUUACUGUUACAUGGUGAUUUGUAAUAGGAAUUGGAGUAGGUCAUUCAACCCAAGUCUGCUCCGCUAUUCAAUACGAUCGUGGCUGAUCGAAUAAUUCAGUGCCUUUUAGCCACUAAUCCCCAUAAUUAUGUACACAAUUUGAGAAAUGAGGAAUCUAUUCACACCUAAAUAUACUCAAAGCCAAAGAUUCACAACCCUCUGCAUAAAAAAAAUCUCCAUAUAUUGGACCUAAAUGGUACCCGUUUUUUUAAAAAAUUGUGCUAAUUGGUUUUAGACUUGCAACUGGGGAAACAUAUUAUCUGGAUCUACCCUUUUAAUCCUGUAAGUAUUUUAUAGGUUUCAAUGAGAACACCUCUCAAGCUCUGAAACCCUGGACAGUACUGGCCUGAUUUGCACAAUCUCUCUCCAUAGGACAAUAGUGCCAUCCCAGGAACAAGUCUGGUGAGCCUUUGUUGCAUUCCCUCUAUGGCAAUAAUAUCUUUUCUGAAAUCAGGACACCAAAACUACACACAGUACCCAGGUGCAGUCUAAUGAAGCUGCUUUAAAAUUGAAGCAAGACUUCACUCCUCCUGUACUCUUUGGGCUUUAGGACAAAAAUGUUAUCCCAUUACCCAUACCCCAAACAAGUCCCAGA